AUUUCUUUCCAUUUUUUACAGGAAAAGCAGAAUCAGUUGCCGAGAGGCUGCUGACAGAUACAAUUCCAGAGUGGAACCUAUGAAAGAAGUUCACCUGUGAUAAUGAUAUUGAAUUUGUAAAUGGUUUUUUAACAGAUAUGUUACCUGGGGAUAGUAGAGGUAUGGAGUUAACAAGAAUAUUUAAAGUUAAGCUAAACAUAUGAUGUGAUGAAAUGGGAACCAAGUUAGUCAGCGCCCUUUCUCUAGUAGAGAUUGAGAAGUAUCAAUGGUUCAGAGGUUUUGUUUGUAAUAUGCACAGCAGAUACAGCAUAUAGGUUGUCAAUGUAAAUCUUAUAUCCCAGGCUCCUCCAACUACUCGAUAUACAUGGUCCAGGUAAGAUGAAUAAAAUAGUGGAACAAAGGGUAAGGCUCAACUACAGACAGUUGGAGAUUAUGAGUAUAAGGAGGGUGAUAAACACAACAAUAAUUUCACAGAUGUAAUCUAAGUUCCUAGGAAAAAUGUGAUGACAUUUUGUUGGAAUUCUGAUUUCAUGUCCCAGCUCUCUAACUUCUAAACACUAACAGGUAGAAGCAGUUUGUCUGGUGCCUAAGGAGGGAUUUCUGCACACGAUUCAGGCAGAGAUCGACAUGGAGUUUGGCACAGGAGAAAGCUGAUACAUCUAAAGAGGUUAAGUGAUUGGCAGGAACGGGAAGCCGUGGGUAAUUGAUUCUGAUACAGAAGUAUAUUUCAUCCACACCUUUUCAGGAACAACAGCCAGGAAAUACAUUCAUUCUGGCUGCAUCAUGGUUUUACUGGGUCUUAUUCUAUCUACACAUUCAGUGUAUCCUUCUCCAGAAAUGAGAGGAGUUGACAUAUUGCAUUUUGACUUGAAAUGGGGAUUUUAAAAUGUAGGAAUAAUUUAGAUACUUAUUGGAAAUUCAAAGCUAAUUGCAAUAUGUAACAUAAUUUACCGAAGGAAGUUGGGUAUUUCAUUUUGUUUGUAAUUAUGGCACAAGCCAAUAACGUUUUGAAGUCACGUUAGACCAUAAGGAAUUUCCAAUGACGGGAACAAAUGUUGCACAACAGAUAAUACCAGAUGAGCAUAACUUUCAUAAUUUACUUAUUUAGUGUUUUGAAACAGAUAAGAAACAUACAGGUUGUUUCAACGAAAUACAGGAUGGUUUGAAUGAGUGGUCGAAUUAUUUUUGAUUAUGUGACUGGUUGGGAUAAAAAUAACAGAAAGCUUGCAGUUACAAAGUUGGGUAAAAUGAAGUGUUAUCCCCCGAGAGACAUAAAAUAGGAGGAACACACAGAGUGUGUUUGGUACGGUGAAAGCAUGAAAUGGUAUUGGAUGAUCUAUUCAAAGCAAGGGGAGAAACAACUUCAUUUCAUUUACUAUUAGGGGUUGAGGUUCCUGGAAAAGUUCCUAUGUGCUCGGUUUUGGUAGAAAUAGCUGAGCCCCAAGCGGAGAUAGUCCCUGAAACGGCAGAUUCAAAUUCUUCCCUGAAUGCAGUCCCUCAUAUAGGAACAGCGCAGGCUUAUAUACUGGAUAAUAAUAGACUGGUGACAUAUUUGAGUACAUCGACUGUGCAGAAGGUUAUAGCGGUGGAAAUAUGGUAUGAAGGCACUAAUGCAUGGUUAAGAUUGGGUUGUGUAUGCGGUAGAACAAAGCAGGCUCUACUGAUCUUGCAUUGAUGAGGCAGUAUGGGAACGUUACGAUGGUGAAAUUCCAUAACAGCAGUAACCAGCCAGGACCUUCUUUCAGGAAUUGCUGUGGCUGACGUACAAUACCCCAGGGCAGAUGUUUGGUGGUACAGUGGUACUAAAAUGUUGUGUCCAGGCAUUCCCCAUGACUGGCCUGGAACAUUUGCACUGUUGUAGUUGGUGAGAGGGAGUUUAAAGCUAGAAACCAGAUAACUGCAGGAUUCGAAUCAAUAUUUCUUUGGCCUACAAUCAACAAGAAUGUAGAUUGGAUCAACUAUAUUUACUACAACCAGCAGAGAUUCAUAAAUUACACCCAUGAUGCAGUAAGGGGACUGCACGUACAGUUGGAUGGAACCAGUCUGAUGGCCUGGCAAAUAGGGUGGCCUUAGAUAUGUUUUUGUCUAAUAAAGGGGGUGUUUGCAGACUAAUUGGAAUCUUGUGCUGUGUUUUCAUCCCAAAUAACCCUUCCCCAGAUGGAUCAGUAACCAGAGCGUUAGAAGGACUUACCGCCCUGAUCAUCGAGCUAGCAGACUAUAGUGGAGUAGAGGACCCCUUUGUAGGAACGUUAGAAAGAAUGUUCAGUAAAUAUUAGACUCCGAUAAUGAAUCAAUGUUAUUCAAUGCAGGAAUGGAUACAAUCUUGGUACUAUGUGGAUGUUGUUACAUACUAUGUAUUCGCACUUUAGCGGACCAAUUGAUCACCACGGUCCUCUCUAGUGAGCAAAAAUAAAGGUCAAUUUCUCUUGAGAAAACAGUUACAUUUGUUAAUUGAAAAACAGGAUGAUCCUAUCCCUUAUUCAGACCAUGAGCAAGAUGAGUUCGUCUGAAGGAAGUGUCUUAUAAGUUCUUAUUACUGUAUACAUGAAAUGCUCUAUAAACUACUCCUAGGAUGUGAUUAAUCACUUAUUACAACUUGGUAUUAUAUAGUAGAGUUGAUUGUUGUUAUGAUUUACACACAGUUCAUUUAUUUUUUAUAUAUAUAGGAUCAUAUUGAAUAAGUGCAUUUACACUGGACUAGAAUCGAAAAUGAUCUGUUUACCUCAUCACGAGAUAUGAAAGGAGGGAAUUGAAGAGUUUACGCAUUUAGGAAAUUGCUGCUAUUGUUCUAGGUGCCAUUUCAGGAUUUCAGCCACAAGUAAUCAAUAAUAAAAGAUUGUAUGAUCAUGUAUAACUUUUAACUAUACAGUUCUGUAUUAUGCAAUAUUCAAAUGGAGAACAUAUUGAUUAUAUUAUAGUUUACACACCGUUUGAAAGGUGUGUAAGGAGGGAUUGUUAGAAAUAAUCAAUAUAUUAGAGCGGAACUUUAAAAGAUAAUUCACUGUUUCUGGACGGAUCAUAUUUGUCCAUUUCCGGUAGUAUUACAGGAUGUUGUUUUUAGCCUCAGAUAGCAUAAAGCUAAUAUUGUUUUGUAUAUAUGAGUAGAGGGAGAAGGACCAGUGGAGUUGCAUACUAAACACACCGCCUCUACCUCUCACUCAUUGAUGCUGCAAUGAUACAGUUGCCUGUUUAAUAACUGAUAAACCUCCUAAGAAUUGCAUAAUAGAAUAUCGUAGAUGACAGCUCCAGGACUUCGCUAACAAGAUGGCGACGGUGACGUCAUAAGAGGACCCGCCCCGACGACGUCAGCCUAUAGAGGAGGAUCCAGCCCCCCGCUACCAACCAAUGAGAGCACGACAGCGGGGCGCGUCUGAUUUUGAAGUUGUUUAUUGUAUGGUCGGAAAGGGGUGGUUCUAUAAAACAUGUAAGGAUUGUGAAAUCGGGCUCUCUUUUGUUCCGGACCGCCAGACAGUAACUACUGAUGAGCUCCGCUCAGUCAGUGGCCUGUGGACGCGUGUCCCGGGCUAUUGAGCCACAGCUGUGAAGCUUUUGUAAAACCUACCGCUGCAUCCUUUUAUUAAACACUCCUUUUAUAAUUUUUAAGGGAGUUUUGCUUUCUUUAUUUUAAACCGUCUCCUGGGCUUCAAAUAAACGAACAUUUCUUACAAAACAAACGAGGACCAAAGUCCAUCUGGAGAACGCAAAAGAGGUGAAUGUCCGCUGGAGAGCUGAGAGACGCAUCCGUAAAGACAAAGGGGAGUUUCUAACAGGUCUGCUGUAACUGUAAAACGGUAUUAUUAUAAUUUGUGGUGAUAGCCUAGGAUUAACCAUCGAGGGGAAAUGUUUGGACUUUAAAUAUGUAACACGGCUUCAAGAGGAAUUUCACUUCAUCCCAGCAGCAAGUGACCACUGCACAGAAUGACAACAUGUCUUUUAGAUCCAUUUGGCAGUAUAGGGAGGUGGAGAAGGGGAUGGUGUGCCUCAGCAAAGAAACAUCUUUUGUCCAACCAUGCUCUGAAGCCCCUGGUUCCCACACUUUUCCUACUGGUCUUUGUGAUAUACGGCUUGGGAGACAAGCUCCGAAACUUUGUGCUUGGCAUCUUCGUCCCUCAGUACCAUUACCCCUAUGCAGUGGCUCUCUGCUUUGCCCAGGUUCUGAUCUCUCUCUUAGUCCUAAACCUCCUCCAUGUCCUUGGUUUGGUGCCUCUGAAGCGUUACUCCAGUUCCCUGGGUGAGAGGGUGCUGGUGCCCUCUAUCUGUAGCAGCACCCAUGCCGUGUUGUCAAUGUGGGCCAAAGCUGGCAGCUCCUAUGCUGGCCUGUUCCCCGUCAUCCUGCCUUUGUUCCCCAUGGUAACUAUGGGCUUCAGUUUCUCACAGAAGCUGUCAUCUUCUCCAUCUAACGAAAUCUCCAUACUUAUCUCCAUCCUGUGUGGGACAUCUUUCGUCAUCACAGCCUCACAGGGACUGCCAGGUGUUGAUCUGCUGGAGUACAUGUAUGCACCUCUGGAUUUAAUCCUCCACAGUCUGUCUCUGACGUGGCUGGCUAAAGUGUCUGAGGCUGAGCGCUGCCACUCCCCCGAUGCCCAAGCCUCCAUUUUUGACAUCUACUACACUCAGCUGGUGAACCAGAGCUGGGUGCUGGGCCUGCUGUGGGUGCUGCACCCAGACCGUCCCUGGCAGGUUUUAAGUCACAGCAGCUGGCAAAGCCUGCUCUUCCACGGGUAUCUGCACGCCAUCCUGCUGCUGGGGAUGUCGCUCAACUUCCUGGUCGGCAUGUCGACUCUGUGUGUAUCACCGCUUGCUGCUGCACUGCUACACUCAGCGAGGCAGGUGGGGCAGCCAUUCCUCCAGCUUAUGUAGUUUAUUGCCAUGUUUGUACUGUAUUGAUGGGAUGUACAUACAUUGAUAUGUAAUCCGCAUAAAUGGCCAGUGUAAUUUUACUUUGUGGAAUUCAACGGUAUACAUCACCUUCUUUCUUCCAUUCACAGCAGCCGGUGCUACUGAGCCACAGAGAUAGAAUACAGAAGCAUAUUGCAACAAGCUAAUGAUUUACUGUUGGCUCCAACAGUAUUGAAAACCUUCUUUUAUUACCCAGUACUCAGUUUUAGGGUCAAGAUUACAUCAUUUCAAAAUGAGGUAAACAUUAAGAGUGUUGUUUUUAUUAGAUUACAUAUGUUUUACAGCAACAUGUACUCCAUAUGCCCUCAACACAUGUCAAUUUGUACAAUAGUGCACUUGAUGCUCGUUAACUUGGAGAAACUUGAUUGAAAAAUAUUUGCCAGGAUGAGACAAUGUCUGAAGCAACUGCGGCAAAGUGAGCACAUGUAGAGGACAGGAAGCAGUACAAACACAACAAAUGAAGUCAAAACAGUAUUAAAAAAUUCCUGUUCCAUUUAGGUAAAGAACAUUAAGAACUUAAAACAAUGAUUAACAGACGGGGGCCUGAAGGGCAGAGCAAAGUUUCAAAUUAAAAAGUUCAGCAGCAUAAGCAAAACAAUGCAAAUGUUGUUUUAGAGAAGUUGCCAAUAUAAACGAGCAUUUUAUGUGGUGCAAACACUGGUUGGAUUCAAGAAUGAUGGCAUUAUUUAACUUUUCCAUGCUGCUACACCAAGUUUUUGAUAGCGAACACAGAAUUUUGGACCCUACUGUUUAUGUGAAGAGUUUUUUCAGAUGAGAAGGGACCUCGAUGGGAACGUGGACACAGACAGUUGAAUAUGCUAUGUUGGGUUUACUUAACAGCGUUAAACAUAUUUCCACUCUUUAAUCCUAAACUGAAAUAAUUUUUAACCAGAGGUUUGUUUGAAGAAGUUGCCCUUGAAUGAGUCUGACUGCUAAGGUUAGUCAGAUGAAAAGGAAUCGUGAUAAUAAAUCUCUUUGAGUCAACUCUUUAGGGUAUUACCAAAAGCUAAAUUAUGACUUUGUGGAACUAACUUAUGGUGCUACUCCAGAGAGAACCUGUAUACAUUUUACAAACUGAAAUAAGACAUUUUUUUCCAAAGUUAUUUAUUAUUUUUUAACAACCAAAUGCAAGUGCUUCAAAAAAACCUCAACAGUACACACAUUCCAACAUUACACAGAGCAGCAUGUAUUAUAAAUCCUCAGUAAACAUGAAAUGGUACGUUAUAACUUGCUUAUUUAUUAUGUUUACUGCAGUAAAAAUGUUGAUUCAUUAAAUGUGGUUUCACCAAAUUAUUUUUGAACUAAAUACUAGAUUAAUUCCUUUUGACACCGCCAUAAACAUGUUCCAAUCAUAAAUAAUUGAUCUGUAUGAAUAUUUAUAGCAUGAUUUGCACACUGAUAUGGACCAAACCAAAAUAUAUAAUUUUGUUUUACCCUUACCAAAAUUGCAUUAUGCUAGUUUUGUGUUUAUGUCUAUGUGCGCUUAUGUCUUUUUAAAUUGAUUUAUUGUGGGCACAUGUAUGAUUUUUUUGUGUACAUUUUAUACGAACUGUAAGCAACAAAAAAUUCAAUCCAACAUUUUUUUUUUUUAGCUUUUCAGUUUUACAGUGUGCGCAGUCAUUUCAGUGAAAAACACCAAAUGUGAAAAACCGUGUUUGUUCAAUAAAAACUUUACAGGACA